AUGAUUUUUGCCGCGUUUUCGAUCGAAGCGCCAUCUUUCGAGGCGUGCGCAUCACGUCUACUAUGCCACUUAUUUGUAACGGUCGUAUUACAUGAUAUUAAAGGAUUAAAAAAAUCAAAAAAAACUCCUAAUAUAUUAAGAAUAGCAGCCAGGGACAAAGAAAAUUUAACGUCGAAAAUAAGCAAAGAAAAAAGCUCACUCAACAUUAAUAACAAGGAAUCUGAAAACCUCAUUGUUAAAAGAAUAAAAAAAAAUGAUGAUCUUAAUAACAGUGAAUGUCGAAUAAAAAAAAAUAAUAAAAUAAAAAAAAUCAUACCAAAGAAAUCUAAUAGUAAUAUUACAGAGUCUGAUUUAACAUCAGACACUCCUAGCGAAAAUUAUUGGCAAAAAUUAGCUGAAAGUUAUAGAACUGCUUUAGACGCAGCAUUAAAAGAAAAUGUUAAUCUUCACAACAGUGUUAAUGAAUUAUCGAAUAAAGUAAAUGAACUCGAAUAUGAAAAUACUAGAUUGAAAGCAUUGCAUGAUGAAGCUAAAGCAUUAGUAGAAGUUUUAACUGAAAUGAUUGAAAAAAACGAUGAUGAAAUUGAUGAAGACGAUGAAGAAGAUGAGGAUAACACAUCACUUUAA